UUACGUGUCCGUUGCCCAUGGGUUCACUGUAGCGCCCUCUGCUGGUGCAUCGCGGUACUGUUGACACACCGUUGCUACGGCAACGGCUUGUCAACACGCCGGUAAGGAGCUAGCUAGUUUCAUGAGCUCCUGCUCUCCUCUGUGGAUAAAAAUGUCUCACGCAGAAAGUGUGAUAAAAAAGAUUAUCCGUGAAAUAGUGCAGGAGUGUGCAGCGAGGGGCCACGUCGUCUCUGACUCUCUGGCGGCUUUUAUGGUGAAGGCGGCUGUUUUAGACCCAAUGAAUGGCUUCAACGUGGACCGGACACUGACCAAACAGGACAUCCAGAACUUGGAGGAGCUGUGUGUGGAGAAGCUCCUGGAAAAAUGCAGCCCGUCGCUUGACACGGUCAGGAUGCAGGUGUAUUUUGACACCAACUAUAUGUCACGACGUGAGUUUCUGGGGGAAAUCCAGCGGCUGCUGGAGUCCAGGCUGAGCAGCGUGAGCAGAGACAUCACUGACAGCCGGGUGCAAGCACGGGAUGAGCUACAAGCUCUGUACCAGGACAUCAUCACUUACAUCGUGCUGCGCUCCGGCAUGGGCUCAACGACAGACGGCAGCACUGUGCAGGAGACUACAGCGGCUCUGCAGAGCGUCUUCCCUCAGACGGAACUGGGCGCUUUCCUGGUUCUCCUGAAGAGGGACAAAGAGCAGCAGCUGAAGGAGCUCGCCAUGAUCGUCACAGGGAUCCGACUCUUCAACAAAGCCAGUGACAAGUCGCCAGACCAGAGUGACCUUCACAGACUCACAAUUCACCCCUUUGCAGUGCCCACAAGUCAAGCUCUUCCAGGCAUCUAUGACAGUAUAGAAACCGAGCUGAGUGUGUCUCAGCGUUUGUCGUGGAAAUACACGGCUGUGCUGGAGAAGCUAAGGAGCUCUGAAAGCGACGUGCCCAUCGUCCUGCUUAAGCAGGCUCUCUACAACAUCAGGCAGCAUGAAGCCUUCCUCCGCACGUUACUGGCUGAUGCAUGUGUCUGUGCCAAGAACGCUGAAGCCCUGCAGUCAGAGCUGAUAACGCAGGUGAAACUGCUGAAAGACAUUGUGCAGUCAAAGACAGCGGUACCCACUGCCAAGGUCUUUCCGCUGUUCAAGGCUUUAUCAAACCUGUGGACUGGACUUCAGGAAGAAGCGGAGCUGCUGAAUAUCCUCAAUAGCCUCAUGCUCUGUCUGCAGCCAUACGUCGCCUCUCAGGCCAAGAUUUUUCCUGAUGCUUACUUGGACGGCCUGCUGGAGGCAUCAGAGGUGAAGACUGACCAGCAGAGAAUGGUCGAGUCCUCAGUUGAGCGUAUUGAUCCAGCUGAGAUGAAGACACAGGAAUGGUUCCUGCCUGAAGCAGUAGCUGGUUUCAAGGAGCUGCCGCUGCAGUAUAGUGGCAUGUGUGGCUACACACUAGUGGCCAGAGACGGUCUCCUGCUCCCAGGUAAUCCACACAUUGGAGUACUGAAACACAAAGAGAAGUUCUACGUGUUUAGCUCCAAGAAAGCUGCCUUGGAAUUUUCUUCCAGUCCAGACAAGUACAUUUCAGAGAUUGCAGAAAAAGCCAAGUUCUCCCCUGAACUCAUUGAGCUCCUCAAACUCCACCAGCAGUUUCCCAGUGUUGGUCCAUGCUCUGAGACAGGAGAGACUUUAUUGGCACAAGCCAACACAAAAUGUGACAGCAGCACACAGACUGACACCCACCCCGUGGAGCCAAACACCAUGAAGCCGUAUGACUGGAAUGAGUGGGAGCUGCGACGAAAGGCUAUCAAACUGGCUGAUCUUUUGACCAAAGCCACACACUCAACACAAACCGAUCUGAGCCACAUGAGGCGGGAAAAUGUCACUCAGACCUGGCAGCCCAAGGAUGCUGCCACUCAGAGCAAGAAAGAUGGUGAGAGCAGUGUGCCCAAAGCUCAGGUCUACCUGGCUGGUCUGAGGGGCCGAUCCACGGGACACGUGGUCAAAGUAGACCUGACAAGAUCUGUGGACAAAUAAUCAAGUUGAAUAAAAUGUUAAACUAUU